ACAUGGCCUAUUUUUGAAUAACACAGCACACAUUAAAUCCAAAUCACUAGAAAAAAUAAUUUAUCUCAUCCUCUCCACUAACUCGCUCACUCCAGCUUAAUAAUAAUCUAAUAAUUGAGGGCGGCCACCACCAUGGACGGAGGCGGGAAUGCACGAGUCAACUCUGGCGCCACCGCUCGUGGUGGUGGCGAUGGACUUCCGGCCAUCGGAAUUCAGAUCCACUCCCGCCGUCUCCCUGAUUUCCUCCAAACCGUUAAACUCAAGUACGUCAAAUUAGGUUAUCACUAUCUCAUCUCUAAUCUUUUCACUCUUUGUUUGAUUCCUGUUAUUAUCAUCAUUCUAAUCGAAGCUUCGCAAAUGAAUUUCGAUGAUAUUCGUCAAUUGUGGCUGCAUCUUCAGUAUAAUCUCGUGUUUGUUGUUGUUUGUUUUGCUGUUCUGGUUUUCGGAUUUACUGCGUAUAUUAUGACUAGACCUAGGUCUGUUUAUUUGGUUGAUUACGCGUGUUAUCGUGCGCCUGAUCAUUUAAAGGCGUCGAAUGAGCGGUUUAUGAGGCAUUCUAGGUUGACUGGGGAUUUUGAUGACUCGUCGUUGGAGUUUCAGAGGAGAAUUUUGGAGAGAUCGGGGUUAGGGGAGGAGACCUAUGUUCCGGAAGCAAUGCAUGUUAUUCCUCCUCAGCCGUCGAUGGCUGCUGCCAGGGCGGAGGCCGAGGAGGUUAUGUACGGCGCGUUGGAUAAUUUGUUUGCGAAUACGGGGAUCAAGGCGAAGGAUAUUGGGAUUUUGGUUGUAAAUUGUAGUUUGUUUAAUCCAACGCCAUCGUUGUCCGCGAUGAUUAUUAAUAAGUAUAAGUUGAGGGGGAAUGUUAGGAGUUUUAAUUUGGGAGGGAUGGGGUGUAGUGCGGGGGUUAUUGCCAUUGAUAUGGCGAAGGAUUUGUUGCAAGUGCAUAGGAAUACGUACGCUGUUGUGGUGAGUACAGAGAACAUUACGCAGAAUUGGUAUUUUGGGAAUAAUAAAGCUAUGUUGAUACCUAAUUGUUUGUUUAGGGUUGGUGGUGCGGCUGUUUUGUUAUCUAAUAAGUCUGCAGAUAAGAGGCGAGCAAAGUAUAAGCUUGUUCAUGUUGUGAGGACACAUCGUGGGGCGGAUGACAAGGCAUUCCGUUGCGUUUAUCAAGAGGAGGAUGGUGCUGGGAAAAUUGGUGUGUCUUUGUCGAAAGAUCUCAUGGCAAUUGCUGGCGGGGCUCUUAAAACUAAUAUCACCACAUUAGGUCCUAUUGUUCUCCCAAUCAGCGAGCAGCUUCUCUUUUUUGCUACUCUGCUGGUUAAAAAGUUUUUUAAUCCUCAUGUGAAGCCUUAUAUCCCAGAUUUUAAGCUGGCAUUUGAUCAUUUUUGCAUACAUGCUGGGGGAAGGGCAGUGAUUGACGAGCUGGAGAAGAAUCUGCAGUUGCUACCAAUACAUGUGGAGGCUUCUAGAAUGGCUCUCCACCGGUUUGGGAACACUUCAGCAAGCUCUAUCUGGUAUGAACUGGCAUAUACUGAGGCGAAGGGAAGAAUACGCAAGGGUCAUAGGGUCUGGCAGAUUGCUUUUGGAAGUGGUUUCAAAUGUAAUAGUGCAGUAUGGCAAGCUCUGCGACAUGUCAAAGCAUCCAGUAAUAGUCCCUGGGAUGAUUGCAUUGAUAAGUACCCGGUGACAGUAGUCUCCUAGCAUUGUAAGAAGACAGUGGACUCUUCAUAUGAUAUUAACAAUCUGUAUUGUAGACAUUUUCUUGUCUCUAAAUUUUAUUUCCUACUAGUCUAUUUUGGUUUAAUGUGAAAUUCUUAGCUUGUUUUGAUAA